AUGGCGUUUCUUUUCGCUGGUCUCUCCCUUCUAGCGACUGCCCACGCGGCGGAGGUCACCCCUGUCCCCGUUCCGUACGGAUGUGCUAGCCUCCCAAAUGUCCAGCAGACCGGUCCCAACUCUGGAUUUGCGGGCCCCUGGAAUAUCAUCGUGGAUCAAUGCGUGAACACGACCGCCGCCGACAGUGCAUGCACUAUCGAGGGAUUUCGUAAUGUGGCUCGAACUAUCACUGUGGAUGGUCAGCCCGAAGCAAAGAGAGGUUUUGUAGGGCUUCCCAUGACUCAAUACAAACCAAUGGAACUUCAGAAAAUGCUAAUAAAAGGCUUCCAGGUCAGUAUCGUCAAUCAUCAAUAUGAUGCAAUGUCCUAUAUCAUCUGUAACAUUGAAAUUGGAUUUGAAGCCAUGGUUUUCUACGAUAACGCGAAUGAAUAUUUGCCUAUCAAUAUCACCAGCAACCCUGCGGAUGCUCUACUCCAGUGGGGUCUAGCUGAGGAUGAGAGUGAGGUGAUUGAUGCGUAUUAUCAUUAUAUUGACGGCACCAAGCAGGAUGGUAUUUUCCUUGGUGCCCACAAUGUUACCAGCUGGGGUGUCCAGCAGCAGGAACAUAUACCCGGUACUAGUGGGGGUCCGAUGUGGCAGCUCCGCCUGUUAGGCCCCAACAGCGUGGACCAGGAGACUGGCGAGGUUCUGAAGGAGGGAGAAUACAAGACAUUCAUUCGCAUUGAUGCUUGA